AUGUUGAUAUUAAAAUAUUUGAAAAUAAACCAUUUACAAGAUAAUCAAAUAAAUGUGAAUCAGAGUGACAAGGCUUUAAAGUUUUGUUUUGAUGUCAUUUCUUCUUAUCAAUAUCAAGCUUUGCGCACCAGAUUUAAACAAUUUCAAAAUGAGUUUUGGCAUCAAGAUCGUCAGUGGUAUAGUGACUAUGAAAUCCAUUACUGUUCAUCAACAGUUUAUACACUUCCAUAUAUGCACAAUGAUUAUACAUUAAGAGGUAUUCGUAAUGAAAGUGAAUAUGAUAGGUCAGAUCGAUUUGAUAAUGUCAAUAAACUAUCUAUAUGGACAGAAAUAAUUCCUCGUGGUCCAUCUUUGUACUUCAAAAAGGUCACAACGUUACGAUUAACAAAUGGACUUAAGAUUGGUGGUGAAACAGAUGAGUAUCAAUUACAAACAUCAGAUCUUUUGUUUUUUGAUAUGAUCGUUAAUGUAUCAAAUGUCAAACAUUUAAUAAUUGCUGAAGAAUGUUACAUGUCAUCAUCAGAAGUAUUAUUAUGUUUAUUAGAACAAUUACCAUGUGUAUCAUCAUUAACCAUUUGUCAGGAUCAGUUGAUGUCAUAUCUCAGCGAUUGGCAAUUAUGCAAAUGUUUAAAUAAUAAAAUCAAAACACUAGAUACUGGUUUACACUCGAUGUGGAGUAAUUUUUAUGAUCGGUUCAGUGAUGUGAAUCUAUUUAGUAAAACAUUUUCAAAUGUUGAAACACUCAAUGAUCUAUUAUUAAUAGUAUCUAAUUGUUCGAAAUUAUCAACGAUGUACAUUGGAAACACAAAUGCAGAAAUAUCGUCAUGGAUUAAAAAGAAUGCAUCAACAUUAAACGUUUAUAUUAAUUAUUUGUUUUUUCCUGAAGAAAGUGAUGAAUAUUAA